AUGGAAGAGAUUCCGAUGCCGCUGGAACAAACGCAAAAGUCCCCUCUACAAGUCGCGUCGGCGACGUCGUUUGGCGAGAGACAGCGCGUGUGUUGGCUAGCCAUCGUCGUCAAUGUGUAUGGCUGUCUAGGGCCCAUUUCUCGGCCAAGAAGUGGGAGUAUUUCCGCCAUCACAAGACACACCGACUUUGGACCAUCAGGCGUCCUUGAACUAUUCACCUUACGAAUAAACCUUGAACAUGGCCAAGCAGAGCCGAGCGACGAUAUCACGGAGACUUCGAUCUUCAAGAAAUGGCAGCAGACCGACCCCUCGUCAACAGAGAACAAGACGUCUUCAAACACAACAACAGAGACUAUGGGGAAAGGGAUUCGAGCAGUCAAUGCAGUUCUCAUGAGAUUUAUACAGGAUCCUCAGCCGAACCUUAGUCCAGAGCUACGAGGAAACCAACUAUGGAUGGAAAAGCUGCUCGCUGGAACGAUGAAAGAUGGCACAGCUUCUUGGAAGCCUAGAGUCGGGAAACUUGAACCGCAGGCUUUGGCUUUGGUCGUCAUCAUUGAAGAUGUGUGGUGUGUCCAAACAACCUCGGACGGCGGAUCAUCAGAGCAUCCUACGAUCUGGCGGGAGAGGGGGAGCACACCUGUCCACACCAAGGCAUCUGAGACUCUGCAAGAGCAUUUAAUCGCCUCCGAGCACAUCUGCCCCUUGCCGCACCAGGACCAAAUCCCGAGGCCCAAACUCGUCUUGGACAUCCACGCCUUCACAUGCUUCGUAGCAUCGCAAUCGAAGUUACGACUCCGGCACAUAUGUCUUGAACAGCCAAGCUUUGGAAUCGCCAUGCCGUUUGAACCGCUCCCUGGGGUCGACGUUCCCAGUCUGCCAACCACCGAAAUCCACGAACCCCUCCACCUCACCCAGAAGCCCAUGGCGGUCAUCGAAUACAGGGUUGCCACGAAGGAGUUCUUCAGGAUGGCGGCUGUUCUGCGACGGACCUUUCAUGCCGGACGCAGGCAAAGUACGAGACUCCUUUACAUCGAAGCAGACAUCGAGAACGCCACAGUGAUGGCUCAACUUAGAAUACAAAUAGGACUCAUCACCUCGGCAUCGCUCGCCAGCGCGCGCCUCAUCCCUCGCCCAAAGAUUACAAAAUCUCUGCCGCCCAUUCAGUGGCCCUCUCCACCAGAACAAAGGAAGGCCGCUCACCAGCCUCCGGCACUAACUUCUUUCCGCGGAAAGACGACAAUCGGCGUAUUGCCGUUUGGCUAUUCUUUUGGUGGCUUGAUUCUGCGCCGGCAGCACCGCAGCCCCGGGUUCAUCAACAAAGCCACCGGGUCGCUUUCUAGACAAAGAGAAGGCCCGCCCCUUUUCGCGCUGACGACCCGCCGCGAGGACCACCAACCUCACGGCAAACCCGCACCUCAAUUCAUAAUGUCCCUCACCCAAAAGCUCAAACGGGAGGCAACAAGCCGUCCCACCUGCGAAAUGCCUCUCCCCUUCCUCCCCUUCGUCUUCCUCGCCCACUUCACCCAGACAAUAACUUCCGUCCUCACCACGGAAGCCCACCGCACAACAGCGAGCCUCUCCAACCACCUCGAGGGCCUGCGCCUUCAGGUCCACGGGCCCGAACACACCUUCCACCCCUUCUCCCGGUUGCCAGCCGAGCUCCGCCUCAAAAUCUGGCAGCACGCCUGCGACCACCCGCGGACGCUCCUCGCAACACAUGCGCCGAACCCGACUUUACUUGCAGUGAACCGUGAGGCGCGGUACGAGGCCUUGCGGCGGUAUACACUCGUCCGGCUAAACACCUGGGGCGACAGGCGGAUCUACAUCGAUUUCUUGCGGGACAGCAUCGCCGUCGUGGAGGGCAAGGGUGGCGGCGGAUUCCCUGUUCGCGGGGCGAGGCACGUCAUUGUCGUGUGCGAGGAGCCGUUUCGGAACCCGGGUUCGUGGUUGAAGUGUCGGUACCGGGCUGGGUUGGAGACCUUGACGCUGGUGCUGAGCGGGACGAAGACAGGCAGCAGGAUUCCUGCGCCGCUUCCUGAGAUCCGGGAGCUGUGUACGCCCGAGGAGGUUCAGCUGCGGCUCGGGUACUCGAAGGAGGAGGCGGAUAGAAUAGGGGAAGAAGUGAGAGAGUUGGCCGAGGGGUGGGGGAAGACGCGGAUCCGCGUGGGGGAGUUCAUCUGA